AUGGAUGACCAACUGACGACGAUCGACAAUAACAGUGGCGCGGGUGGUUCUGAGGGGCGGACCAGCUGGACAGCGAAGCCCGAGCUGCAGGACUAUGUUUCAUUUUACGGGUUCAUGUUGCAAUAUCUUCGGCGAUUGAAACAUGCACUUGCCGACAAGCAGCAGGGCCUAUCUCCCGAGCGCUCCCCGCCUAGCGGCGGAGACGAUGGUAUCCGGCUCAUCCUCGGGGGAUAUUCGUUCGGGUCCUUGAUUACCUCGCAUGCCCCAGGGCUUGAUGUCAUUCUGGACCUCUUCCGAUCGAACACGGCAUCUCCGUCACAGUCAGUGGACCAGAUUGGCAGCGUCGCCAGGGAGAUCGCCAGCGCAUCACUACGGCGUCUCGGUCCAGAGAAUCCAGAUCUAGGAACAGCUGACGACUCCAGACCCCGCGCUCCGCCAUCCAUCUCGAUUUGCUAUCUGCUUGUGUCACCUCUGCUCCCACCCGUGAGUCAAUUUCUGACGGCCUUCUCCAACCUAUCCUUGAACGUGGGGGUGGAAGGGUCAGCUCAGGCCCAGCACGGCGACCAGCUGAGCACGCAUAGCACCCUGGCGCUAUACGGGGACCAGGACACUUUCACCUCAGCCCGUAAAUUGCAACGAUGGUCAGCCGAGAUGGCGCGUGUGCCGCAGAGUCGGUUCCAGAGCUGCGAGGUCGCGGGCGCGGGGCAUUUCUGGCGAGAAGAUGGCGUGGAGGCGAGAGCCAGACAGCGGCUCCGGGAAUGGCUUCAGCAACUGUGA